UUUCCAUAUCCUCUGAAACCCUAGAAUUAGAAACAGAGAGGAUUCUAGAGAGAGAGAGAGAGAGAGAUGGAUGUCAAAGAGGCAGGCUCGGCCCUUGAUUCUCUGAUAUCUUCAUUCAACACUCGGAUAGCAGAGCUUCAAGAACUCGUCAUAGCUCGCAACAUGUACCCAGCAAGUAGCGUCACUGAUUUGUCGGCGGUGGACGCCGCGCUGAAGGCCAUGGAGCUGCAGGUCCAGCAAAUCAAAGAACGGUUGCGGGAAGAGACCGAAGCCAUCCCUAAAGCCAAGAAGCUCAUUGAAGCAUCACUACGUCAGCAAAAGAAGUUGCAGAACAUGUCUGUCCUUGUUCCUUCUCAUUUGCCAGAGAGAGUAGCUGCUAUAAAUCCUGAACCUAGUAAAUGUCUGCUGCUGGAGACAUCUAAAGCAGAAAUUGGUUUAGAGUCUUCGAAUCUGAAAGAGGAGCCUGCAGUGUUGCCUAAAGAGAAGAAAGGUCGUGGCUCUCCACCAUUAUGGUAUAUUACUUCUGAAGAACUGGAUUCCUUGUCAUCAUACAUGAGAGGGAGGCUUACUCUGGAUAAGGUCAAUGCUGCUAUCAACGACAUGUCAACUUAUGCCGAAGCAACUACUCAUCUUAUCACUGCCCCAAGAAAGAAGUUGGCAGAAAAUGUCUUGGAUAAAGCUCUGGAACUAAGGGAGAUUGCCUCAACAGAAACGGUGAAGGGCAAACAUUUCUUUCUAGAAACGGACAUAAAAGGGCCUUCAUUGAAGCUGGACAACACUGGAAAGGCAAUACUUACAGUCCUUCGGCAUCUUGGUAGGAUAAGUGAGAUGCGGAUUGGGCAUCACCGCGUGUUCAUUCUCUCUAAACCUCAGCAAAUGGGCAUGCUUCAUUAGAUAUUAUUCAACAGUGUAAUUCCUUUACAUUUUUCUCCUCCAUUUAUUUUUUUUAAAUUGCAAGCUGCAGAAAAGCAAUGCAAGUUGAGUUUCUCUCUGAAGCUGGACAUGGUAAAGUUAAACCAAUGUUUGGAUAUUUAAGAGAAAUGUAUUAUGUUAUUAAGACCUCUUUCUUCAAACUAAAGACUUGCAGUUGCCCUUGCUGCGGACAUUAGAUCGGCUCGUUACUUGACCAAAGAAAAAACAUAAAGACGUUACACUUGUAGAAUUGCCUUCAUUGCAGGUAAAGAUCCAAGUUAAAGCAUCGGUGCCUACAAGAGAUGCUAUCUUUAUGUUGCAGUACCAAGAAGCCAAAUGAGGAUGGAGGUUAGGUCACGCAAGGGCGGAUCCCAAUAUUCAUUCAAGCAAUAUGACAAACUAGAAAUAGAAAGCUACCAUGUCACUUAUAUUGAGCGAUAUACUAUUUGUAUAUAGAACAUAUGACCAGACUAGCUUCAUUUAUUUUCAUUUUGCUCAUUUUUUGAUUGUGCA